AUGCGUACAUCUUUCAUUUCCAUGCUGGCCCUCGGCGCCGCCAUGGUGUCCGCUGCCCCAGCUCCUUCUCGUGUUUCCGAGAUCGUUGAGCGCUCGUCUUCGACCUGCACGUUCAACUCCGCUGCCAGUGCCAGCGCUAGCAAGAAGUCCUGCUCUACCAUUGUGCUGGACAACAUCGCGGUCCCUGCCGGCAAGACUCUUGACCUUUCCAACUUGAAGGAAGGUACCAAGGUCAUCUUCAAGGGCGAGACCACCUUCGGAUACAAGGAGUGGAAGGGCCCCCUCAUCCGCUUCUCCGGCUCAAACAUCGAAAUCAGUGGCGCAGAAGGCCAUGUGAUCAACGGCGACGGAGCCAGAUGGUGGGACACCAAGGGAACCAACGGUGGAAAGACCAAGCCCAAGUUCUUCUACGCUCACUCCCUGGACCACUCGUCCAUUACCGGUCUGAACGUCAAGAACACCCCCGUCCAGGCUUUCAGUGUCCAGGCUGAUAACCUGGUCCUUGACCACAUCACCAUCGACAACUCGGAUGGUGAUAAGAAUGGCGGCCACAACACCGAUGCGUUCGAUGUUGGCGAGAGUACCUAUAUCACCAUCAGCAACGCCAACAUCAAGAACCAGGACGACUGUCUGGCUGUCAACUCUGGCGAGAAUAUCGUCUUCACUGGCGGCUACUGCUCCGGUGGCCACGGUAUCUCCAUCGGAUCCGUUGGUGGACGCGACAACAACGUUGUGAAGAAUGUAACUAUCUCCGACUCCACCGUGACCAACUCUGCCAACGGCGUGCGCGUCAAGACCAUCUACAAGGCCACCGGUUCAGUCUCCGAUGUGACCUUCUCCAACAUCGAGCUGUCCAAGAUCACUUCCUACGGUAUCGUUAUCGAGCAAGAUUACGAGAAUGGCAGCCCUACCGGCAAGCCCACUACUGGUGUCCCCAUUACCGGCCUUACUGUCGAGAAGGUUACCGGCACUGUUUCGAGCAGCGCUACUAACGUCUUCAUUCUUUGCGGUAGCGGCAGCUGCUCUGAUUGGACCUGGGCUGGCAACUCUAUCACUGGUGGUAAAACUAGCAGCAAAUGCAAGAACGUGCCUUCUGGGGCUUCUUGCUAG